AUGGAAAGGCUUUUCAAGAAAAUAUCAGUGCCACCAUCCUCAGUUAUUGAGAAAAAUAAUGAUACUCGUGGACAGGAUAAUACAGAAUUUAUUUUAUCAAAUCUUCCAUCAGAUCCUGGGCUUGCAUUUCGUGGUAAUGAUGAAUCUGAACAUUCAAGCAACCAUGGAAAUUUUCUUGAGCUUCUACAGUUUCUUGCCGACCACAAUGAGGAUGUGAAAGCCGUUACUUUGAAAAAUGCUUCGGAGAACCACAAAUUGACAUCACCAGAUAUUCAAAAAGACAUUGUAAAUGCUUGUGCAACUGAGACGAUCAAGGCUAUUAUUGAAGACGUUGACACUUCGUUGUUCUCUAUUUUGAUUGAUGAAUCUUGCAAUGUAUCAACGAAGGAACAAAUGGCUAUUGUAUUGCGUUAUGUGGACAAGAAUGGGCAUGUCGUUGAGCGUUUUAUUGGCAUUGAGCAUGUUACUAGUAUUGAUGUUCUCUCACUCAAGGAAACCAUUGAUGAGGUAUUUUCUAGGCAUAAAUUGAGUAUGUCUAGGUUGCAUGGGCAAGCUCUUGUAGUUGUGGCAAAGAAGAACAUCCAAAUUGAGUCUCUUUUUAAUAUAGUUACUAUUUGGGUAAAUGUUGUUGGAGCUUCAUCGAAGCGUUGUGAUCUUCUUCGAGAGAAGCAAUCUAUUGCAGUUAUUGAAGCACUAAACAGUGGUGAGUUUACAAGUGGGAAACACAAAAAUCAAGAAACUACUUUGAAACUUGCUGGAGAAACACGUUGGGGUUCACACUUUGGUACUUUACUUCAAGAACUAAAUAAUCGUUUCAAUGAGACCAACAUUGAGUUACUUCUUUGUUUGGCAUGUUUAUGUCCAGCCGACUCCUUCUCUGCUUUUGAUAGCCAAAAGCUAUUGAGUCUUACCCAGUUUUAUCCUAAAGACUUCUCUAUGAAUGAGCUGGUGAUACUUAAGAUUCAACUUGAGACUUACAUUUUGGAUAUGUGGUCUAGCAUUGAGUUUUCAGGUUUAAAAGAGAUUGGAGAUCUUGCAAAAAAAAUGGUUCAAUGCAAGAAACACAAGGUGUAUUCGCUGGUUUACUUGCUUGUGAUAUUAGCACUAACUCUUCCAGUUGCUACUGCAACCGUUGAAAGAGCAUUUUCAGCCAUGAAAAUUCUGAAGAAUUGA